UGACAGGAUUGGAAACCGGUGAUUAGUUUAUUGCCUCCGUGUCUUUUAUCUUUCUCUCCUACACUUUCUUUUUCAUCCAGGUUCUAGUCUACGUGUUGUCAUUUUCUUUCUGACGUCUGCAUUACCCUCCUUUCCUUGCUUCAAGAUUAACGAGACCCUUUCUCUCUCUAUUUCGCAAAUCGUCUCGCUGUCAACUUCUCGGUAUACAAACUUGAUUCAGCUUCGUUCCGAGCGCUCGCGUUGCGCAUCGCCUUCACCAUGGAGAGCGCGUUCGCGAAACCAGUUGGCGAUGUCCUCGCCAACUUCAACGUCAACGAGGCUACAGGCUUGAGCGACUCUCAGGUCACCGAGCUACGCAACAAGCAUGGGCGCAACUCUAUUCCUGAGGAGCCUCCUACUCCUCUGUGGGAGCUUAUCCUAGAGCAAUUCAAGGACCAGCUAGUUCUUAUCCUUCUUGGUUCCGCCGCUGUCUCAUUCAUUCUGGCACUUUUCGACGACGAAGAAGGCUGGAGUGCUUUCGUCGACCCAGCUGUUAUUCUCACCAUUCUCAUUCUCAACGGUGUCGUCGGAGUCUCCCAGGAAAGCAGCGCCGAGAAGGCUAUCGCCGCCUUACAGGAAUACUCAGCCAACGAAGCGAAUGUGGUGCGAAAUGGUGGUCAUGUUUCACGAGUCAAGGCCGAAGAGCUAGUCCCCGGCGACAUCGUCACAGUCUCCAUUGGUGAUCGUAUUCCUGCCGAUUGUCGAGUUAUCUCUAUCGAAAGCAACAGUUUCUCUGUCGACCAGGCAGUUCUCACUGGAGAGAGCGAGAGCGUCGGCAAACGCGCCUCUACCGUUAUCGAAGACGAGAAAGCCGUUCUACAGGACCAGACCAACAUGUUGUUCUCCGGAACAACUGUUGUAACUGGUCGCGCUCGAGCUAUUGUUGUUCUCACAGGCCCUAACACCGCUAUCGGAGAUAUCCACGAAAGCAUUACUGCGCAGAUUUCGGAACCCACGCCCCUGAAGCAGAAGCUUAACGACUUCGGCGACAGUCUAGCCAAGGUUAUUACUGUCAUUUGCAUCCUGGUUUGGCUCAUCAACAUUCCCAACUUCAAUGAUCCUAGCCACGGCAACUGGACCAAGGGCGCCAUUUACUACCUCAAGAUUGCCGUCUCCCUUGGUGUUGCUGCGAUUCCUGAGGGUCUGGCCGUUGUUAUCACUACCUGCUUGGCUCUUGGAACGAGAAAGAUGGCUGCUAAGAACGCUGUCGUCCGAAGCCUCCCCUCUGUUGAGACCCUUGGGAGCUGCAGCGUCAUCUGCUCUGACAAGACUGGUACUCUGACCACCAACCAGAUGAGCGUUAGCAAGGUUCUACAUCUCAACGAGGACGGUAGUGGUCUAAACGAGCUCGAUGUUGAAGGCACUACCUUCGCACCCCGUGGAGCCAUCAAGUCGAACGGUGUUGUCGUUCAAGACCUCCCCAACUCUUCUGCUACUAUCCGCCAAAUGACACAGGUAGCUGCCAUUUGCAAUGACGCUCAGCUUGCCUAUGAUUCUCGAUCUGCCACUUUCUCCAGCAUUGGUGAACCAACUGAGGGUGCUCUUCGAGUCUUGGUUGAGAAGAUUGGACCUUGUGCCCCUACCGAUACCCGCCCUGAAGAUUGUGUUCAUUAUGCCAGCGCAGCCUACCAGAAGGAACUACCUCGCCUCGCUACGUACGAGUUCUCCCGGGAUCGCAAGAGCAUGUCUGUCUUGGUUGGUAAGGGUAAUGAUAAGAAACUCCUGGUCAAGGGCGCUCCUGAAUCCGUUAUCGAUCGCUGCACACAAACUCUCGUUGGCUCCAAUGGCAAGAAGGUUGCACUCACCAAGAAGAUUGCAGACCGCCUGAUGAGCGAGAUUGUACGAUAUGGCAACAACGGUCUUCGAGUCAUCGCUCUCGCCAGCAUCGACAAGGUGGCUGAGAAUCCACUUCUGCACACUGCUUCUUCUACCGAACAAUAUGCCCAGCUUGAACAGAACAUGACUUUCCUUGGCCUCGUCUGCAUGCUUGAUCCUCCCAGAGAGGAGGUUCCCGGCGCUGUACAGAAGUGCAAGGAUGCUGGUAUUCGUGUUAUCGUCAUCACUGGAGACAACCGCAACACCGCUGAAAGCAUUUGCCGCCAGAUUGGCGUUUUUGGUCAGCAUGAGGAUCUUACUGGAAAGAGUUACACCGGCCGCGAGUUUGACCAGUUGUCUCCUAGCGAGCAACUUGAAGCAGCUAAACGUGCCUCUCUGUUCUCCCGCGUUGAGCCCAGCCACAAAUCUCGACUGGUCGAUCUACUUCAAUCUCUUGGCGAGGUUGUUGCUAUGACUGGUGAUGGUGUCAACGAUGCCCCUGCUUUAAAGAAGGCCGAUAUCGGUGUUGCGAUGGGUUCAGGAACUGAUGUCUCUAAGCUGGCUGCCGACAUGGUUCUUGCUGACAGCAACUUUGCCACUAUUGAGGUAGCCAUUGAGGAGGGUCGUUCCAUUUACAACAACACUCAGCAAUUCAUCCGGUAUCUGAUCUCGUCCAACAUUGGUGAGGUAGUCUCGAUUUUCCUGACGGCUGCUCUUGGUAUGCCCGAGGCUCUCGUUCCAGUUCAACUUCUUUGGGUCAACCUCGUCACCGAUGGUCUGCCUGCCACCGCUCUGUCUUUCAACCCCCCCGACCACGACAUCAUGAAGCGUCGUCCUCGCAAGAGAGAUGAAGCUCUGAUUGGCGGAUGGCUCUUCUUCCGUUAUCUCGUCAUCGGUACCUAUGUUGGUCUCGCUACGGUUGCUGGCUAUGCUUGGUGGUUCAUGUAUAACCCUGAGGGUCCCCAGAUCACUUUCCGCCAACUCACUCGCUUCCACCACUGCUCAGCUGACUUCCCUGAAAUUGGCUGCUCUAUGUUCUCCAACGACAUGGCCAAGGCAGCUUCAACGGUCUCCUUGUCUAUCCUGGUUGUGAUUGAGAUGUUCAACGCCAUCAACGCGCUGUCAUCCAGCGAGUCUCUCCUCACUUUGCCUCUUUGGAAGAACAUGAUGCUCGUUUAUGCCAUCGCUCUGUCCAUGGCUUUGCAUUUUGCCCUCGUCUAUAUUCCCUUCCUUCAAGGCCUGUUCUCCAUCGUGCCUCUGAACGUUCUGGAAUGGAAGGCAGUUGUUGCCAUCAGUGCUCCUGUUGUGUAAGUUCAACUUGCUGCCUACUUACUUUAUUGUCAACUAACUCGAUACAGACUUCUCGACGAGAUACUCAAGGCUAUUGAGCGACAGUUCUUCAUGCAGACAACAACUGACAUUUCCCUUAAGACAAAGAAGGAACAAUAGAACGGUGUGGAUAGAGAGAUCGGCGAUGAAGACCUGGCGAAAUGUCAGCAUUGACUAGAAUCUACAUGUAUCAUAUUCUGGCCAGUUCAGAGAGCUGCGAUUAGACCUAGAUGGCCACAUUGGCCUCCGAUAUAACGAGAUCCAAAUUUCUGCUUUCAUGCCAUUCAGUAAACGAAGAAAAAAGUAUAUAAGCAAGCAUGCAACUCAUCGGACAAGGGCCAUGAGCAUUGUUGAUUC